AUCCACCUCUAGCCCAAUUUGCAUAAAAAACUUUCAACCAGCCAAAAGCGCGCACGGCGUUCUCGAUUUUGCUGCAGUUGUUUGCGUUUUCAAAUUGUCGCCCUGUGAACUAAGCCGUUGCUGCAGAUGCAUAUUUCGCCCACAUUUCGCAGCAGUUGCAAAUCGUUAACACAGACCGACAAUAGCCACAACAACCGCUCGAAAAGCCUAUUUAACAGCGAAAUCAAGUGUUUUGUUUGUACGCCGCGCUGUUGGUCGUGAUUCGCAUAUUUUUACCGCUGCAAACACGAAACCGAAAGUAAUUCCUAAAGCCGCAGAAACUGUAAAUUAUGUAAAAGUAUUGGGCCAACAACAAGUCGUUUGUGCAAAGGUGUGUGUGUGUGAGCUUAUCAAGAGAGUUUAAUGGAGGCUGCGCCGGUAAUUCUCGGGCUUCUCCAUUUCUCCUCCCCCAAUCUGCAGCAAAAACAAAAUCUAAUAGCGGCAAACAACAAACGCAACUGUCGCAAAAUAAUGCUGACGACGGGAAACUACAGCCAUAAUGAAGAGAUAAACAAAUAGAUGCUCAAUAAUCGAAUUACACUGCUAGAAUUAGCGCGAUACGGACGAUGGUUUAAUUUAAACAGCAGCGGACUAGACCAACUUUGUCACUAGGCUUACAGGAAAAUUCGGAAAGCAUUCAGACUGGAGGCCUCACUCACCCUGAAGCGCAUCUUUGCCCGCAAAAUUGGCUACAAGGCGAAGUCGAAGUCAAUUUUAGCGGCCAUGCGCACGAAACAAAUGAUCCUGAUACUAAUCGGAGUGAUAAUCGCCACGAUCCUCUUCAUCGCAUUCGGCCCAGCCGGCGAGCCGAACGACUCGUUUAAGAACAUCGUCGUGCAGACGCACCAGCAGUUCAAAGAGUUUCAGGAGAACCUCCGUGUUGGCUUGGAACGCAAAAAGCUUGAAAUAGACCCCAAGUACUUGGUACUGCUGGGCUUCACCUCGUCGAAGGAUGCCUCACCCCAGGAGCAGCCGUUGGAGAAGCAGGAGGGGACGGCCAUCGGAGCCUCGGGCAAUCACCUGCCAAAGACGGAUUCGUCACCAGACGCAAAAGCUGAACUGGAGCUCAGCGAACUGCGAGGACUGCGGCGACCACAGGAUGCUGUCACCUUCGGUGGCCAGUCGGCUGAUCGGGAUGGCCAGCGGGGACAGCGCAAGCGGAUCACCACGCCGUACAACGGCACAAAGAGCAACUUCACCAUCGUCACGUACGUGCUGGAGGGACAGGCUGCGUCGGCCAUCCUGCUGGCCCAAAACAUUGCUGCGAAGCUGCCCAGCGAGUAUCUGCUCAUCUACGACCUGGGCGUCUCCGAGGAGCAGCUGCGCGACUUGGGGGCCUACUGCAACAACAGCCGGUGCUCGGUGAUCACCUAUGACCUGUCGGAGUUCCCGUCCUUCGUCAGCGAUCAGCGGACGCACGCCUACCGGCCCAUCGUAAUCAAGGACGGCCUGAUGCGCGCCCGGUCGGUCCUCUUCCUCGAGAACUGCAUGCGGGUGCGCGGUGGCUCCGCCCAACUGCACUAUCUGCAGAGCAGCGUGAUGAACCUGGGCGCGAAGACGGCGGGAGUCAGAUCCGCAGGGGUCCUUGGCUGGAACACUCCAACGGCGGUGUCCUCGCUGACGCAUCCCAAAAUGUUCGACUACUUCGAGUCGAAGUCCGACGAGUUCAACUUCCUGCGCAUGGUCGACCUGGAUGCGGUCUUCUUCUCGGACAGUCCACUGGUCACCGAGAAGAUCAUGCUGCCCUGGCUGAAGUGCUGUCUCACCCUCGAGUGCAUCGAUCCAAUCGGUGCCCAAUCGAACGGGUGCAAGUUCAACAAGAAGCCAUCGUACCGAUACUCCGGAUGCCACGGCUACGAUGCGUCUGCGUUUAACAUCGUCCUCGGACUCACCUCGCAAAUGGACAACUCGAAGUACUCGCUGCCCAGCGACAGCCCGCGCAACAUGUUCUACAAAGAGACGCUGGAGCAGGCGACCCGAAUACUAGAAAGCCGGCGGCGCAACAGCAGCGAAACUUCCGACCACCCGUUCACGGACGACUGAGCAAGGCUAUCUGGGAUGAAAAGUGGAAGGGAGCGUGGCCAAAGCAUUUGAUAAAACUUUUCUACCGACACACACACACAUACGCAGACACACUCAGGAGCCGGCGGAACAAAACAAGAUUAUUAGGAACUACGAACUAAACAAGAGACCUUAAUACAAAUUAGCUUCCGCGCAGGCGAUUCCCAGUUAAGCAGAGAUCAACAGACGAUUUGGUGUCCAAGACAAGACCAGAAAUGAAGAGAUCAGAGCACAGUAAUUUAGCGUAGCAAUAGGAUGUGCAGCUUAUCAAUAAUUAUAGAAACUCAGUCAAGCCCUAGUUACUUAUUUAAAAAAAUCGAAGUGAAUAUCUGUGUGACUGUUUCCAUCUUUUUGCCGAGAGAUCGAUAACUGUAAAUCCCCUGUUUAGUUAACUGCCCCAACUGUAAAUACAUAAGAACAUCAAAUGGCAUACAUUUUGUGAUUGUAUUUUAUAGUUACUCACGCAUAGACAAACGUAUACAGUAUAUAAAUAUUAAUAAAAUGUAACUAUCCUAGAACAAUAUGAGCCAAAAGAGUAAGUUAAUAAAAUUCUUAAUUACCAAUACCAAA